AAGGUGGCGGUAAUGCACCAAAAGCUGGUUGCCAACCGCCGUUAAAAACAAAGAAGAAGAAGAAGGAUCUCUUAGUAAACUUCCGGGCAUGGCGGAGAAGAAAAUAGCCGUCCGCUCGCAGGAUCCCGGCCAGCGGCGUGUGCUGGACAGUGCCACGCGCCAGCGCCGUUUGACCCGCCAGCUCGAGGCGCUCGAGAAAGACAACUUCCAGGACGACCCUCACGCGAGCCUCCCGCAGCUCGUCAAGCGGCUGCCGCAGUUUGACGAGAGCAACGAAUCGAGCAAGCGGAGGAAGAAGACAAGGGGUGAUCAUUUUAAACAGAGGUUCCGCAAAAACUUCCAGACGCUUUUGGAGGAGGAGGACUUGAGUGUUAGUGAGGGUCCAAAUUAUCUGACUGCAUGUGCUGAGCCCUCUAAGUUUCCUCAGCGUCAUUUCUGUGCAGUGUGCGGCUUCCCUUCAAACUACACCUGUGUGUCGUGUGGAUCUCGCUACUGCUGUGUCCGAUGUUUAGGAACACACCACGAGACCAGGUGUCUAAAGUGGACGGUAUGAUCGGUUCAUCUGUCUUGAACUCCUAUCUAAAGCAAAGCAAGCUAAUGGUUCAUACUGCACUCUUACAAGCUUAUGUUCCUCAAAAGCAUCACCGCCAUUUACCUGCACAAUAAACAUAUUGAGGCAUAUAUUACUAGCAGUCCUAGGUCUGGUUGCUAAAAUAAUGAAUAUCGGCCAUGCACCCCUUUGUACUACAAAUAGGCAGUACUUCAAUUGAAAUUUAAUCGGAUGAAACGGAUAGAACAUUUGCCAAACACAUACAAAACCAGCUCUUGUUUUGUAAUUCAAUGUAAAAUAUUCUUCAAGCUUUUGUAUGUAAAUAUAUGUACAUAAUUGUUUAUAUUAUUGUUAUAAAAUGUUGUCUGAAACAAAUAAAUGAAUAGAUGUGGUAAAAA